AUCUGCCAUUCGACCCAAGUGAAUUCCCCAAGCUGCCCGUUCUAGUUUCCGGCCCGGCCCCGGCCCCAGCCCCACCGGCCCCAGCAAACUAUCCGGCACUUCCUCCGACAUGUGGCUGGUGGAAGCAAGAGGAAAUCGGAACCGAGCCAACCACAGAGCAGUCUGCACAAUCUCAGAGUUCAUCGAAUCAUCCUCCUGCAAACCCGCUUGCUGGAAGUAGGCCACGCGACUGAGAGAAACGCCACAGAUCCUCGACCUUCUUCAUUCUUCAACCACGAGCAAAUCUUCUGCCCAGUAGACAUCCGAAGAGAUCGUGCUUCUCCUUAGACAUGCGGAUUCCCAUACUCUCAGUCCUUCUAACGUCCAAGUUGCGUCACGUGCUAUGGUGCAGGGAGGCGUGCAAUACCAACCCUCUAUCCUGGAUCGAACACCCCUCACACAUCAGAGGAACGGAGCGUCCUUUUUCCCGCUCAUUAGUCUCGCACAGUUGGAGAAAGAACACCAACGGCCGGGAUUCGGCAGCUAUGUGGGGUGGUGCAGAAGCAAACGCACGUCUGGGCCGCCCGUCUGCUGGGCAUUUACACAGCGUGAAGUCCAGUCAGCACAAGUCAGUUGGUCAGAACCCUCACCCCUGCUCGCAAAUCGAGCCCGAGUUUACAUCCAUCACAUGACGCCCCAAAUGCGUG